AUGGAUGUGGAGAAGGAAUGCCUCCAGGGCUGGGACAUUGCAAAUCUAGAAGGAGGUUAUCGUUAUGAUGUGCCUGAAAAAGAAGAAAUCAGACCACUUAUAAGACCAUACAUGGUUGGUCUUUUCAGCAGAAGACGUUUAUUAUGUGCCGGGACUUUGGUAAAAGACAACUGGGUAUUAACAGCAGCCCACUGUUUUCCGAAUGAAGAUACCUACGUUAUUCUUGGAGCUACUUCACGAACAAAAAGAGAACAGGGAAAGCGUGUUGCAAACAUCACUAAAACAUUUUCAUAUCCAGGCUUUAAUCUGCUGACAUAUGAACAUGACAUUAUGCUUUUGCAGAUUCAAAUAAAAGGAAGGUUCACUGAAAAUGGAAGAAUUGUUCCACUUCCCAAAGUUCCUGAGGACAUCAGGCCAGGAACUCUGUGUCGAGUAAUUGGAUGGGGAACUAUUCAUCAAAAAAUGGGAUCUGACAUAUUGCAUGAAGUUAAUGCCACUAUAUUUGACAGAAGAAUCUGCAAUGACCAAAGACACUACCAUCAGGAGCCUGUUGUGACAGUGCAUAUGCUGUGUGCUGGUGACAAGAUAGAAAAGAUGGACAAGUGUUUGGGUGAUUCCGGCAGUCCUUUGAUAUGCAAUGGAAGACAAAGAGGCAUCCUCUCCUUUGUUAAAAAAUGCAAUGAUCGCAGGUACCCUGGCAUCUACACUCGGCUCACAAAGGACCAUCUCUUCUGGAUUCAGACAGUAAUAGAGACUCAUCAAAAUUGA